AUGGGAGGGGCAGUUACAAACAGUGAAGGCAUAGUGGCGGUGAAGUUACCAGUUGAAGGAUCGACAGUGGAGGUGGCGGUGAAGGAGGCAGCGGCAGUGGCGAAGGAACAAGUAGUGCGCGGCGUGGCGGAGCUGCCUCGCGGAAGAGGCGGGGGAGCCGGCUGCGACGGCGCCAGGGGCAUAGGUUCAUCGACGUCCGCGGGAUGCUGCCCGGAAAGGGGACCGUGCGGGCGUCGCUGGCUAGGCGGCGACAUCGGCGGCGGCGGUGCCAAGGGCAUGGGGGCAUCGUCAACGAUGGCGGAUGGUGCAGUCGGGCCGGCGGAGCAGCCGGUGGAGCCUGCAGCCGCUGUGGAGACGACGACUGUUGCUGCUGGACGGGGUCUGGCGCCCCUGCACGCCGACCAGGGGUGGAAGGGAGCACAUCCGGGCGGCCGGAAGAAGGCAGCGGAGCGGCUUGCUGAAAAGAAGAGGCGGUCGGAAAACCCUGAUACCGGCGCCGGAGUUGGUUGCGGUGCUGGCAGACCACCGCGUCGGCGAUGUGGAUGUCAAAGAGCUGACGGCCUCGCGGCCGGACGAUCACUCCGUGGAUCCAUCCGGCUCUCGGGCCGGAACCUCGAGCCCAGAUAA